AAAGGGAAGAAAAAUACUCUCAAUACAUAAAGAAAUUCAAAAAAGCAUUAGAAUUGUAUAAAAGAGAAAUAGAUAAUGAUAAUUUUGUAAAAAAUUUUGACAAAUUGGUAUGUCUAUUUGUAAAAGCAAUUGAUGAAUGUGAAGAAGCCUUACAAUCUCAUACGCAGCAAGGCACCCAACGAUUAAGUAAUAAAAAGCUCACUUUUUGGUUACAGCCGUAA